AUGGAAGCAAGGGCAAAAGUUCGUGUCAAAGCAACAAAAGUCAAUGCUUUUGCUGAGAUAAAGAAGUCUAUCACACGUAAAGAACGUAAUAAAGUAAUCAGAAAAAGAAAGCCUGCGGGAAAAACUACCCGAAGCGAAAGUGAAUCGCAGAUGCGUAAAUCUGCAAAGAACGUCAGAGUCAAUGAUUUAGCCGGAAAAGAAGAAAAACAAGCGAAUAAUUUACCGAUGAAACAUGUGGCGUGGACGCUCGAUUCAACCGAUGAUGCUUGCCGUGCCACUGUUGGCUACAAUACUGUUCAUAACGCGAAAGAGGACCUUUUUGAUCAUGCAGGACGUAAAAGAUUCUUGAAAAAAACAGCUUUGUCAAAAAUUGAGUCAGAAGGUCAAGGGUCAGGAGCGAGUGGGCAAGAGGAGCGCAAUAUAAAAACAAUGAAAUAUGCCAGGAGCUCCGGUGUUCCUGCGUCCUCGAAAGAAAAAUCUGCAUCGGUUAAAAAAGGUCGUAAAACACGAACAAAGAAUUUUGUGAAAAGCAGAAACUCUGAAAAGUGA